AUGGGUCUUUGCUCACAAGCCGCUGCGCUGCGCAACAGGAAAAGAAGACUAGCACGUCGCAGUUCCACAGAGAACAGCGAUUCAGUCACGCACCAGGAUGACGACGCUCAUCGAUUGUCUGAGGUCGUCAAAGGCGACUCUCCGCAAUCACGGUUCAGCAAUACGGAUGGCCACGAUGCCAGACUCAUGAUAGGAGACCCGCCAACGCCGCUGCCGAGACACAAGGCCGCCAUAAGCCUCGAUCAGGUUUCCGCCACAGAUCCCGACUCAUACAAGGAAAGAAUCUCCUCUGCUGGCCUAACUCAAGAGAUCAUCGACAAUUUCGGUCCCGAAACUGUGCUGGAGAGCUCUACCUCGGCAUUGCCAGGAGGCAUCGGCCGUUCACUGACAUCUUCUGGGGCCACACAAGAUGAGAUCACGGUCGAGGAACUCUUCAAGUUCGAACUGCCGUCCAAGAGAGUCACAGACUACCUGCUGAACGCCUACAUGGGGGCGAUCCACUGGUUUAUGACGGUAUUUCACGAACCGACGCUGCGCACAACCUACGAAGCUCUCAUGGCGAGCCGAAGUUGUCCUCGGUCCCGCUCCAACCACGCCAUCUUCAUUCUCCUCAUCCUCUCUCUCGGAGCGCACUAUGCGCCGGAGGAGGAAGUGCGGCAGAAGUUUCCCUCCUUCAACCUGCGUACCUUUCAGAGAAUAUCACUCAAGAGAGUCGAAGAUAGUCUUCACACGCUUUACGAUGCGGCCGAACUGGAGUCGGUGCAGGUUUGCGCCCUUCUCGGCUCGUUCUACAUGUACCAUGGCCGGCCCAACCUCGGAUUUGCCAUUCUCGGGGCUGGCUUGGGCUGCGCGCAGGUCUUGUCGCUCCAUAAAGAAUCAUCGUGGAGAUGGCUGUCGGAGAUAGCAAAAGAAGAACGGCGACGCACCUUCUGGGCCUUGUUUGUCUUUGACAGAUUCGCGUCCACGAUCUUCGGCCGCCCGUGUGGUAUACCCGUCAACGACAUCCAGGUCAAAAUCCCGGAGAACAUGGGCGAUAGCACGGUCCAGCAUCCCAGAUUCCGCUCGACUGCGAAAAUGCCCGAUGGUAAGGUGGAAGCGGUAACGACAUUCUCGUACGUAAAGUACAAGGUCAAGUUAUAUCACAUCUCGUCACCCAUCAUUUCGGAUCUAUACUUCCACCGGAGCGCCAAUGUGUCGGAACUGGCCAGCAAGAUCUCGCGGAUCAACGAAGAGCUGGUGAACUGGUUCAACAGCCUGCCACCGGAGCUGAAACUGGAGGAUCUGUUCCGAAACUCCAAUGAGCCCGUGACAUCGAACACACGGCCGUUUAUGCUCCAAGCGCUGGCGUUGCAGAUAGCCUACGACAACGUCCAGAUCCUCCUGCACCGGCCCCUGCUUUCGCAGGACCUACGCAAGUUCAAGACGACGGCCAACAGCCCACUGGAGCCGACCGGCGUCAAAGCUUGGCCGGAACCGGGUGUCCCCGUGAACGACGGCCAGCCGUAUUCCCGUGACGUGCACCAGAUUUUGAUCUCGAGCCGGGACCAUUGCUGGGACUCUGCUAUCCGCUCGUCGAGACUGGGCCGGUACCAGCAAUGUCUGAUCUCGGCGCGCGACAGCCACGCGUGUGCUUUUCUCGGCAUCAACCUUUUCACGGCCGGCAUGGUCCUGUGCGUGGUGGCGCUGUCACGACCGCUGUCGUCACAGGCCCAGAUGGCCAAACAGGCCGUGGCGCGCAUCAUGACCCUCUCGCGCUUCCUGUCCGGCAAAGCCUUGCUGUCGGCGCAGACCACCAAGAUUCUGAAAGCCCUGGUCCGCUUGAUCGGAGAGAAGGAGAUCAAUGCCAUGCUCGCGGGGUCUUCGGCCGUGGAGAACAUCGGAUACAGCAGUGUGUCCAAGUAUCAGUCUGAUGGCGGUCUGGUCAAGCGUCACCCUCCUAUGGACGACAUUGGGGUGUCGACGGAACCGGCCCAGGCCCCGACCGCCCAGGCUCCUCCCUCCCACACACACACCACCCAGACGCCGACGUCAAUGACGACCGAGUCCGGGAUGGAAGAUGCCGCUUUCUUCUCUUACCAGGAUCCCGCCACGGCCGCGGAUGACGGCUUCGACUUUGCCGGCUUCGAGACCAUGGACUUCAACAACGGGAUCGUCACGCUGCAACAAGUCGCCACUCCCGACGCCACACAGCCUGUGACGACAACAACAACAACCACAACCACAACGGACGCAGGAACCACAGCCGCCUCCGCCUCCCUACGAGAUCACACCUGGAGUCGCAGCCGCGGCGAGUACAACCCCGAGCAUGCGUACGUCAACCAGGUCGGUGGUGGUGGUGGCAGUGGUGGUGGCAGUGGUGGUGCGAACGGCGUCGACGACGGCGGCUUCGGAAUCCUCGGCAGCACCGACUUUAGCAUGAUGAACUCGGUCGGCCAGACCUGGCUGUGGGACAAUGUAUCGUGGUGA